AUGUAUAUCCCAAAUCUGUCCCUCAUUCCACCACUUGCUAGUACCACCAUGCAUAUUGUCAACGUUGCCGCUUUUGCCUGCGCUGUAAUCAGUGCCAGCGCAUUCGAAUUCCCUGACUUUGUUCCUCUGCACAAACGCCAGGAACCCGGAACAGCUGCGUACGAUUGUCACGCCGACUGCGGCGGCGUAAUUCUCGCCGGCCGUAGUGACGGAUACUGUGACGCCGCCGAUUUCAAGUCGCAGCUGACCGAUUGUUUGAACUGUGCUGUUGAGUUUGAGAUUUGGAAAUACUAUGGCGAUUCUGUGUCCAAGGCUGCUGCUGGCUGUGGAUUGGAUGCCACCCCGGUCGAUUCAUCGUCCACCUCGGUCGAAACAUCUUCCGCUACCACCUCUGUCGGAGCGACUACUACCAAGUCUGCACAUGAGGAGUCCCAUGAUUCUGCUGUGACUACAGAAGUGGCAACCACCUCUACUGGUACUUUGGCUCAUACCACGAUCGCCUCAACUUCCGUGAGCCCCCAUCAUGUUUCUGGUUCUUCUCACCCGGCGUCACUGAUUCCUUCGGCAACGCCUACUGCAAGCUUGACUGCUAGCACUCCUUCCUCGUCUCCCCUCUAUUCUGGUGGCGCUUCGAUUAAUACGGGUAGUGGACUUGUGUCUGUUGCUUUGGUUGGCUGUGUCAUUGCAGCCUUCUUGUAA